ACUCUAGCGAAUGCAAUUUCAUCUUCCCUCCCAAAAGUCCCCUCUUUUUUCGCUGGUAUGUAAAACCCCUCAUCUCUCUCCACGAUUUUCACCCUUGCACAGCCGUUCUCUCACGAUUCGUAGUUCUCUCCGUGGGUUUCCGCUUCAUUCUGGGUCGGUAGAAAACCCUAAAUUCAAAUGGCUGCACGGAGAGGAGAAUCAGAAGGUAUUAAUCUAAUCUCCUCGACAUACUCUGAUGAUGAUGAUGAAAUGGAAGAUAUGGAACACCAAGAACCCCCAAACGAUGACGCCAAUGAUAACAUGGAUUUGAACAACGAAGAUGAUUCCAAGAACAACAUGAGCGAAGAGAGAGUUGUUGAUUUGGCCAAUGAUGACACACCACCACUGUCCAAUGACAAUUCUACCCCAAAACCACCCACCGAUUUCCGGCCUCUAACUCCAUCUCUCUCAUCGCCACCACCACAACAACUGGUUUUGACGGAAUUGAGUAGAACUGUAAUGCAUAGGCUAUCUAUUGUGGAUUAUGGCCAUGACGAAGUCGCAUUGUCUCCUGAAGCUGAGGAGGGAGAGAUAGUGGGCACUAGUGUCGUCAUGAUUAGUUCACAGCUUCAAACAAGUAAUGUUGACGUUCAUGAAAAAACACCUCCUGGAACUGCCUUGGUUGUAACAUCUGGCAGUCAGGCGGCUACUACUCAAUUAUCUGAACAACUGGAUGCAUCAGAGUCUCACACAAUGAACUAUGCUGUGAAUGAAUCAGAAACUACUGUGAUUGAUGAAACAGUUACAGUUUCUGUGGAAUUUCAUAAGGAUGUUGAUCCGUUGGACAGGUUUCUUCCCCUACCACCAAAGGCUAAGUGCUCUGAUGAACUGCAAGAGAAAAUUAACAAAUUUCUUUACCUCAAGCGACUUGGCAAAAGCUACAAUGCAGAAGUGCGUAAUAAAAAGGAGUAUCGGAAUCCUAACUUCUUGCUGCAUGCAGUGACGUAUCAAGAUAUUGAUCAGAUAGGUUCUUGCUUCAGUAAAGAUGUAUUUGACCCCCAUGGAUAUGACAAAAGCGACUACUACGAUGAAAUAGGUCAAUAACAGUUACUUGUAUUCCUUCUCUCUCUUUUUCCGAAUACAGAUGCACAUACAGAUGUAAACAAUUACAUAGCAAUGGUCUCAUGUUAGUUAUACAUAAUAAUUGCUUACUAGAUUAAUAGUUCACAUGUUGGUUUUUGUGGCUUUGCCAAAUUUUCCAGGAUUUUCAAGAUUUUGUGUUGGAUAUUGUGUAAACUGCAAUAGAAUGAUUUUAGUAUGCUACCCAUGCUGUAAUGCUUGUAUUUCUGUUGCUGGUAAUUUGAUGCAUCGAUAAAUUGAUAAAA